AACGCUUUCUUCUCUGCACAGGCUCUCUGUGUUGCUGUGACCACCAGUGACCUGACGGAGACACAAGCCCUGGUCUUCUGCGGAGCCGACAUCAGCUGCACCUGCGGGGACGUCUUCUUCUCCCAGCCCCUGGAGCUGGCGCAGCAAGCUGGCCAAAGACUGCAGGAGGAGUUCCUGAAGCAGAACCGGACAUCAGAGACGCCCCGUCUGGAUUUUGGGACAAAUCUAGAGAAGCAAUAUUACGUCAUGCACCACUCCAUCACUCAUAAUGGAUACCUCUACAAGACCUCGUCCAUGGCUAAACCGGUCACUGACAGGAAGGCCAAGGAAGAGUUCAGCCGGCGCUGGUGUGUACUCAAUGACGGGGUCCUCCGAUACUACGAGAACAACCACAGCAACUCCCCCAACGGCGAGAUCUGCAUGGAUGAGAUCGUGUGUGUGGCAGUGAUCCCGCCGGAGACUCACGGGUAUGACAGCACCUUUGAGAUCUACACUAAGUCGGAGAGACUCUACCUGUUCGCUGCGGACAGACCAGAGGAUGCCAGAGAAUGGGUGAAAUCCAUUACCAAGUGUUUCCUCCCGCCGAUGGCCGAGGAGCUUCUGAGUUACGACUUUGACCGCAUCGGACGGCUGCAGUUUAAAGGCGGGCGGAGCCUGGAGCGCACUGUGGUCGGCUGGUUCUCCCUCUGCAAGACCAACCUGUACACCUACGUGGAAGGGAACGACACGGUGGAGGUCAUCAACCUGAAGAAGCUGUCUGAGCUGUCCAACAAAGAUAAAGAUAUCCUGGUGCUGGGGGAGAAAGGCAGGAUGACGUACAUGCUCGGGGAGAGGAAGUUGGAUUUCUUAGGCUGGGUGAGCGCCAUUCAGACUGCCAGCAGCACCUCCGGCGACACGCUGUCAAAGCAGCAGCUGACCGAGUCCGACGUACCGUUCAUCGUAGAGAAAUGCAUUGAUCACGUUUCUCGAUUCGGGGUGGAAUCUGAAGGGAUCUACAGGAAGAGUGGACAGAAGUCAAAGAUCACUAGUCUCCUGGAAGCUCUGAAGAAGGAUGCCCGAAGUGUGGUCUUCAAGGAGGAGGAGCCUGUGGACAAUGUUUCUGACACCCUCAAAAGAUUCUUCAGGGAGAUAGGGGAGGGGAUAUUCGCCGAGCAUUGCAUGCAGUGGUUGCAUGUGACAGGGAUUGGGGACGAGGAUGAGAGGAUACAACACUACCGGAAGCUGCUGGAGAACCUUCCGUCUGUCAACAGAGCCACAUUAAAAGCACUAAUCAGUCACUUACACUGUAUUCAGCACUUUUCAGACGUCAAUCAGAUGAAUGUCCACAAUCUUGCCAUCGUCUUUGGCCCCACGCUCUUCCAGACGGACGGUCAAAACUACAAGCCGGGCCGAGUGGUGGAGGACCUCAUUAAUUUCUACCCGGAAAUAUUCAAUGUGAACCUGCAGGAGCUCCAGAAGCAGUUGGACAUCGCCGCCGCCAUCAUGAAAGUGCGAAGCGCCCAACACAAGCCCAGGGGAACCGACUUCAUCUGCUCCGUCUACCUGAGAGAAAAGAAGCCGGAAUGUGAGCAGAGUGUCCACAUCGCAGUCACCAUGACGGCGCAGGAGCUGAGGGAGACGCUGCUGGAGAGGAGGAAUAUUUUUCCCAACCAUGGAGAGUAUUGGAGCUGUGUGGAGGUGGAUACGGCGGAAGAGAUAGAGCGCCCUCUACACUUUUCAGAGAAAGUGCUGCCAAUCUUCCACACCAAGGUCAACAGCAAUACCCACCUGGUGGUAAAGGAGGACCCCAACAUGGACGCCAUGUUAAAUUACACCAAAAAUUGGGUGGAAGCCUCCAAGAACGGGUGGAUGAGUUUCCGGGAGGAUAAAAGUCUGCUGGACUUCACCGCAAAAUUCCACGACCGUUACUUCAUGCUGAAUGGCACCACCCUGCGAAUGUACCGGGAAGUCCGGAGUCCGAGAUCGUCGAAUGCCGACAGCGCCACGCAGGUGAGCGGUGUUAGUGUGUGCUUUUAUUUGUGGCAUCCUCCAUCUUGGUGCAGGACUUCCUCCCACUUCUGGUGAUCUGUGGCGGUUUGAUUAAAGGGUUACUCUA